GGCGCAGCUGGACGUGGGGGAGCAUCUGGGGUGAUGAAGCCCAUCUGAAGACGUGGGGGCCAUGUCUAACACCAGGAUGCACAUCUGGGGAGUAGCAUAACCGCAAAUGAGAGGAGGGAACCACAGCUGGACUUGAGGGAGUGUCUGCGCAGGAGGGACCACAGGCAAAUAUCGGUGACACUUCUGAGAAUUGCCCACAAGUGAAUGGGGCACACACCUGUGGGCGAAAAGUACACCCUGGAUGUGGAGCGGACAUCUGGAUGUGGGAGCAUCUCGGAGGCAGGGGCUAUGGCUGGAUGUGGCGACCCAUGGGGUCACCUCUGGGAGAGGGACAACAGCUGCAUGUCGGAGACACAGCCAGGGAGGAGGGAGCCACAGGCGCCCCAGGAUGGAGUCCCCACCCAGCACGGCAGGCCAGGAGGAGCAGGAGCUGCGGGAGCGUGCCUUCUUCUCGUGGGCCGAGUUCAGCCGCUUCUUCGACGCGUGGUGCCAGCAGCGCCUGGCGCUCUUUUUCGUCAAGAGCUCCAUGCACCUGGCGCGCUGCCGCUGGGCCAGCGCGCCCCCGCUCUACACGCUCAUCGACGUGCUCAAGUACAGCUACGUUCGGCUCGUGUGCAAGGACGUGCGCGCGCCCAGCCGGCCCACCGUGGGGCCCCCCCGGCCCGGCUGCCCGGCCUUCAUCAUCGUCAAGCUGAGCCCGCUGCGGGACCGCCUCGUGGUGACGGAGUGCCAGCUGACCCACUCGCACCCGGCCUGCCCGCUCGAGUUCGCCUACUACUUCCGCCCGGGCCACCUGCUGGCCAACGCCUGCCUGCCCGUGCGCACCACCAACAAGAUCUCCAAGCAGUUCGUGGCCCCGGCCGACGUGCGCCGCCUGCUCUCCUACUGCAAGGGCCGCGACCACGGCGUCCUGGACGCCCUGCACGUGCUCGAGGGGCUCUUCCGCACGGACCCCGAGGCCAAGGUGGGGUGUAGGGAGAGGCGGCCGGGGGCGGGGGAGAGCCACGCCCGAGCCUCGCGGGGCACCCACUCCCCCGGUGCGCCCGUUGGCCCCUUUCAUCCAUCGCUCCGCGCGCGGGUCCUUGGCUGGGUGCUUAGCGCUGGCGCCCUCACCGAAGUGCUGGGGGCUUCCGCACUGCCCGGUCCCGCCGCCCCUGGCCACGCGUGGCUGAUCGAGCCCUUGCAAUGUGGCCGCACCGCCAGCAAGUCCAACGCGCCCUGCAGCCCCGGCAGCCGGUCCACCAGGAGGAUGCGCGGGAAGCGCCGCAGCAGCGCCCGGGUGCGCGACGUCAGAAAGAACACAGUCUCCACCACUGCCUGGUCCUCCACGAACACCAGCUUCACCUGCGGGCGGGGCGGAGAGGCAGGGAAAGAGCCACCGUUGGCCACCCUGAAGCACGACACAUCUCUACCUGAGGGUUUGCUCGUGGCCUGUUCACCCUUCGGAAGACGUAAGCCCCACAAUGUGAAGGAUGUUGGGCGCAACUGGGCCCCGCGCCGAGACAUGUGGGUGCGCUUCCGAGCCUUCGAGGCGGCCCGGGACCUGGACGCGUGCGCCCUGGUGCGCGGCCACCGCCGGCGCCUGCUGCGCCGCCUGAGCCCCUCGCGCAGCGUGGCGCAGUGCCUCCGUGAUCUGGUGGCCAUGCAGUGGGCCGAUGCGGCUGGGGAGGCGGCGCCCGAAGGCCCCGACGGUGGGGGGCCUUGGCCAGAGGGCGAGCCGGGGAGGGGAGCCCACGGGGAGAAGGAAAGGAUGAAGGGCCUGGAGAGCGAGGACUGGGCCGGGACCCCGAAAGAAGGGAGUAUCUGGAGAGGCGCCCAGUUGGAGAAGGAGUGGGCCCGAGGAUUGGAGGCCAGAGACCCGGGAGGGGCACCGUUAGACAGCGACUUGGGGAGAGGGUUGCAGAUCGAAGACGGGAGAGGGUCCCAGUUGGAGAACGAGCACUGUGGAGGGCCAGAGAUCAGAGACUGGAGGGGGGCCCCGUUGGAGGGUGAGAAAGAUUGGGGACCAGAAGGUUGCAUAUGGAGAGGGGCCUGGUUGGAGGACCACGAGCCGAGAGCAUGGGAAGGAUGCACCUGGCGGAUGGCCCAGCUGGAGGACGGCAGCAUUCGGGUGCUGGAGACCACAGAGCGGAGGGGGGCCCCCUUUGAUCCGGAGAGGACCAGGAGUCUUGAAGGGAGCACCUGCCGGGAAGCCCAAGCGCUCGAGGAGAGGGCACACGGACUGAAAACCAGAGACUGGAAAGGGCCUCCGCUGGAAGCAGAGCCGGGAAGGGGGCUGGAGGGCAGGACCUGGAGGGGGCGCCAUUCGGAGAAGCCCAGGGAGCUGGUCCCUGAGAAUGGAGACCCAAGGGGACCCCAGUGGGGAGAUGAGAGGCAGAGAGGGCCAGAGAUUGGAGAAGAGAGGGAAGUGAGGUUGGGGAUCAAAAGAAGGAGGGACCUGGAAGACGUCGUUCUGGUCCAGCUGGGGGACACGAGGGUGACAGGUCUGGAGAAUGGAGAGGCAGCCCGAUCUGUGGGCCCCAAGGGCAGAGGAGAACAAGGGACAGCAUAUGGGGGUGCAGGAGGCAGGGGUCUAGGGCUGGGGAACGGAGUCCUGUGGGGCACCGCUGCGGGAACCUUGUGUGAGGGGGAUCCAGAGUGGGCAGGGACGCGCGGAGUGAGCCUGGCCACUGGGGAGGGCCCGCAGGAAGGGGGUCAAGAAGAAGGCCCACGGGAACCAAAGAGGCCUUGCUGCCCCCCAGCGGAGGAAGAGGCGGACUGGGAGCCUCUGGCCAAGUUCCGAGCGGCCUGCGGGCCAGAGCUGGCAGAGUUGGUGGCGGAAGAACUGGCCUUCGCCAGGCAGCACGGGACCCGGGGUUUCCACUGGACUGGGGCUGGCUUUGCGCUGAAGGAUGGAACCUCGGACUUCUUCCUGGACAGGGCCCUGACCCGCUGCAGCUGCUCCAUCCACGCGGCCCGCCGUCUGCCCUGCCGCCACCUCUUUGCGGCGCGCCUCCUCACCGGGGCGGCCUUGUUCCACAUGGACCUGCUCAGGGAUUGCUGGAGGAGAGCCCCAGAGCCCUGACCCGUGGGGCCCCCGCCUGCCGCCCUCCUCCUUGAGGGCGGGAACGCAUUCUUUGAUCCCAAAGAUAAUAGGGCUGAGGCCAAGGAGGCCACCUCAGUCCCUCUGGCCGCCUCCUGUGUCCUCCAGGGACCUCACCUUGGCCGUUUGCCUCUCUGGGUCCGAAGGGAAGCUUACAAGGGUCUCUGAGGUCCUGGAGGCACAGUGUGGAGAGUGGCGAUGGCUUGGACCACUUCUGAGGGCCGCCCUCAGGAGAGGAAGUGUGUGACGAGAGGAGUCCAGGGGGGAGAUGCGGUCAGACCGGGGCAGAAGGAAGGAGGGGACAAAGCUGGGGGAGGGAAGGACACCAGGAUAUGGGGAGAGCCCAGGCCGGGGCAGAUGGUCGGUCCAGAGAGUGCAGGGGGUGAAAGAGAAAGCGAAGGGGAACGUAGGACACACGGAAGGGGGUCGGGGAGGAAAGAAGAGAGAAGCUAGCAGGGAGAUGCAGAGAGAGGAGAAGAAGAGAGGCGGAAAUGAA